CAAGCGACUCGCUUUGCUCAACAGCGUCGCAUAGUGUUUGGAGUUGCGAGUCGAAAGGCCGCGACCGUCAUCUGAUGCCACUAUCUCCAUCACUGGCACCAUCGGCGCCACCGCCGGUUGGUCGAUGCGAUCCGCGACUGGAUGACAGUCAGGCGGACGACUGGAUUCAACUCCCCGCAGCAACGCGGCAGAGUCUUGGCGUGGGUCUCGCUGCUCUCUCGGCUCUGAUCUCCACGUUUGCGCUGCUCAUCAUGAAGCACUCGGCUGAUGUCGAGAAGGGCCUCCCGCUGCGGCCCAGCUGCAAGCACCCGUGGCGCAAGCGCUGGUGGAUAGGAUUCAUAAUGAACACUGGCAGCGAGCUGGGCAUUUCGACAUUCGCACUCAUGUUUGUGCCGAUGACGGUCAUCGCGCCGGUCAACGGCUCCGCCGUUAUAUUCUCCGCCCUUGUCGCGCGCCUCGGAUGGGUCUCGGAUCGCAUCUACCGCAUCACCCAGGUGCGGGAGUACCUCUCCUAUCUCGAGUGGCUGGCGCUCUUCGCCGUUGUCGGGACGCCGGGCGUUGCUCAUCGCUGUCACCGGCAUUGUCCUCUGCGCGGGCCGUCGCCCGAGAACACGCUGCCGCUGCCAGAGGUGCAGGAGCAGUUCUCGGGCGCCCCCUUCCUCGCGCUCGCCAUUCCCGCCGGCGUGUACGUCGUGCUGUGCGUGGCCAUCCUCGUGCCCCGCUCGCCCCUGAAGCGGUGGAGGCCGGCGCCAAACUCACUCCGGCUCUCGCUGCUGACGGCGGCGGGCGCGGGCGUGGCGGGGGCAUUCUCGAUGACCUUCGGCAAGGUCACCUGGCUCGCGCUCGGCGUGCUGGUCGCCUCCGCUCCAACGCAGCUGUGGCUGCUCAACUGGGCGCUCGGCUCGGGGAAGGCGUCGUUCACGGUCCCGCUCUACACGGUGAUGAUCAUCUCGACCAACAUCGUGCUCGGCGGCCUGCUCUUCGACGAGUUCGCCUGCCUGUCGCGCGCGUACCUCUUCGUCUGCGCGUUUGUCAUGGUGGUGGUUGGCGUGUGCCUGCUCUCGCCGGCCAGUGGAGGGAAGCAGCCGGGCAACAGCGUCACCCUCUUCGUCUCCAUCGCCGGCGCCUCGACGGCGCACGCCUCUGUCGACAUCUUCCGGCCGAGGGAGGUGCGGCGCUCGCGGCGAAACGAGCGACUGUCCAUGUCCACCAACCCGCUCUCCUCGCAGAACCGGGCGCACACCGCGUUUGGGUCGCGGCGCAACGCGCUCGAGCAGAUCAUCGCUCAGCGGCAGCCGUCCCCCGCCGGAAGCCCGACCCCUACGAGCUGCUCCUCUCCGGUAGCCCCACAGCUCUGCCCGGGCUCCCACGGCUCUGUUCGGGCAGAGGAGCUACCGGCGCCGGUGCCGGUGGUAGACGGCGUACAGCUCGAUGGCCAUCACCUCGGCACAGAGGGGGAGGAUGGUAGCCCGCCAGCCGCCCCACCUCCGCGGUACCGCUGACAUGUGCAUGCACAUGCACGGUGCUCUGCAGGAUAUGGACUGUCCGACAGUCGCCGCCGCACUACUCAAUAUACGUUGUGUGACCAUGCUGGCGGGGCCUCUGACACGGCUCUGAUUGCAGCAGCUUGUAAAGUAGGAGGAAGAGUAGAGAGGACCGUGAAAUCUGAAACGGCGUGCAGCUCAGUUGUGAGAGCAGAGUCGCCGAGACGAGCCUCGGUCCGCGUGCCUCCUCGUCUCCCGCGUAUACACGCUAUAUACCGUUCU